CAUCGAUUUGGACAUCUUUAUAGCGAAAGUCUCUCCUUACUUUUCAGAGUGAUUAUGUAGCAUUUUAAUCUGUUGAUGAUGGACAGAUGCAAACCUAACGGUACUGCCUCUUGAACGCUUGCAGAGUGCUCUGCAGAAAUUAUGGAAGUUUUCAAAAGAACUGCUCAACUGAAUACAGGAGCCCAAAUUCCUUUGAUUGGGUUGGGGACUGUUGCUGCUGAUCAGAAUGAGGAGGACAUUACAGUAGCCGUGAUUACAGCUCUCCAGGUAGGUUAUCGACACUUCGACACAGCAAGCAUGUACAAGUCAGAGCGUCCACUGGGAAAAGCUCUGAACACGGCCUUUCAAAAUGGACUUGUUAAGAGGGAAGAUCUAUUUGUCACCACCAAACUAUGGAAUACCGAACAUGACGACCCCGUAACUGCAAUCAAGAGUAGUUUGAAGAAUUUACAACUGGAUUACGUUGAUCUGUACCUUAUCCACUGGCCCAUCAAACUAAGAAAAGAAGCUCCAAUGUCCGCGUCCAAGCCUAAAGAAGAAGACUUUUUGCCCUUAGAUAUGAAGUCUACUUGGCAGGGUAUGGAGCAAUGCUUGGAGAUGGGGUUUACCAAAGCCGUUGGGGUUAGUAACUUUUCCUCUAAGAAGAUUGAAGACUUAUUGACCCAUGCUAAGAUCCCCCCUGCAGUUGAUCAGGUAGAGAUGCAUCCACAAUGGCAGCAAAAGAAGUUGAGAGAUUAUUGCAACAAGCAUAACAUUCAUGUGAGUGCGUGGGGUCCUCUAGGAGGACAUAAUAAGGGGUGGGGUUCUAAUGAGGUGAUGGAUAAUCCCCUUAUGCAUGAAAUCGCACAAAAGCAUGGAAAGACUAGAGCCCAGGUUAUGUUAAGGUGGGGGUUAGAACAGGGAGCGAGUGUGCUGCCCAAGAGCUAUAACACAGACAGAAUAUUUUCAAAUUUUCAAAUAUUUGAUUGGUCUUUGACUCCGGAUGAUCAUGAUAAGAUUGACAUGCUUAAGCAGGUUAAGUUAUUUCGUGGGGAUGCUUUCGUUAAUAGCACAACCGGCCCCUAUAAGACUGUUGAAGAAUUAUGGGAUGGAGAGAUAUAAUCUUUAGAAUUUGAAGGUCACAUAGAACAUUUGCUACUUGCAAGAACAGUCCUUUGUUUUAAGCUCUGGUGUGAUAUAAAGGGAGGAUGUAAUAUGUUUGGAGACAGCAUUUAUUGGUGGCAACAAACUUUUAUGGAUCAAGGAAAUGCUGUUUUAUAUGCAAAUAUGCUUUUUGGAUUGUGGUUUCA